AUGAGUCGGAAACCGACUUUAAUCAACGGCGAAUAUAAAGUAUUGUUGAAAACACUUAAUCCUCAUAUCACCUGCCCGUUAUGUAAAGGUUACUUUGUGGAAGCCACAACUGUCACCGAUUGUUUGCAUACUUUUUGCAAAUCUUGUUUAUUGAAACAUUUCGAGAAUGUUAAUAAUUGCUGCCCUAAAUGUAGCAACCUUAUUCAUCAGAGCCAUCCAUCCCAUUAUGUAAGUUUCGAUCGUACUAUGCAGGAAUUGGUAUAUAAACUUGUACCGGGUAUGCAAACACGAGAGGAGGAAAGUCAUAUCGCUUUUUUACGAACAACGAAGACAGAACAGAGUGAAAAUGGAUCUUUGAAGUUGGAAUUUGAUGAAAAUAUGGAUGAAAGCAGUUUGGAAAUGAGGGAAUGUUCUGGCGAUCCAAUGAGCAAACAUCACAGAAGUGAUGAACAAGUUGCUGUAGAAUUAUGUACAGAUAAACUUUCAAAAUUUGCUGACAUUGACAUGCCUUAUUUGAGACUUUCCGAAAUGGCAACUGUAAAUACAAUCAAACGAUAUUUGGCUGUGACGUUAUUUGGUGAUAUAAGUCAAUACAAUGAUUUGGAUAUUUUUUGUAAUAACGAACUCAUGGGUAGAGAUUAUUCGCUCAAAUUCAUUGAAAAAACCCGAUGUCGGAAUAAACCAAAAGAUACACCAAUUAAGUUACUGUUUAGAAAACAUAUUGACUUUUAA